AUGCCUUUUAUUUAUACAUCGAUUUGGGCACAACGUUAUUUUCCUUUCUAUUUUGGAGCCAUCUUUUUUUAUUCAAAUCUUGAGCUUCUUCAAACUGAAGGAGACUAUUUCUCUGAUACGACCGAGAAAAUGCCUUUCUUGCAUACAUGGUCACUCGGUGUCGAGAUGCAGUUCUAUCUUGUGGCUCCAAUUUUCUUUUAUGUAUCGAAAAUUGACUCAAUCACAAUCUCUUCAUCGGGAUUCAUUUUGACUGGUGCUAAAAGCACAACCCAUUGGUCUCAUUUUCGACUCGGGUACAUUGCAAAGAUCUCCUAUGCAUUAUAUUUGGUUCAUUUUCCGGUACUUCGUUUUAUCGAAUACCUUGUGGAGUACCAUGAGAAAGAAAUAAAUGGUGAUAAAGUGAUGGAGACUUAUUGGGAAGGAAUCGAGAAGAUCAGCGAACACACGAAGAAACUCUUCAUCCAAACACAUCAACCUUUCGGAUGUUUGGCAAAGAACAAUGACUUUCUGAAUCGUUUUUUGGAUGGAUUACAGAAGACGAAGGAUCUUGAAACAUUCAAUCAACCAUUUAAUAAAACUGAUUACUACAACUCGGUCGUACACCAACGUUUGAAAGUGAUCAUGGAACGAUGCAAGAAAUGCCACUUAAUCGAUAUAACUGAUGCUUUUGUUGAUUCAAAACGAAAUCUCGUACUCACUUAUGAUCCGAAGACAUCACUCUCAUAUUUCGAUAAUCAAUGUCAUAUGACAGCGUCCGGAUUGAAAAAAAUCGAGAAAGUAUUUCUAUUGGAAAUUCAAGCUGGAUUGAAAGAAAAU